CACGGGUCCAUCCCCAGACAGGUGGCAGAGAACCUAGUCCAGCGCGAUGGAGAUUUCCUGGUCCGUGAUUCGCUAUCCAGUCCAGGCUGCUACGUUCUGACCAGCCAGUGGCGUAAUACCGCUCAGCACUUUAAAAUCAAUAAAAAGGUGGUCAUGUUGAACGAGGCCUACUCUAGAGUGCAAUACAGUGUUGAGAGGGAGGGCUUUGACAGCGUGCCCGCCCUCAUACGAUACUAUGUGGGCAACAGGAAGCCCGUCUCCCAGGUGGUGGGAGCCAUUGUUUUCCAACCAAUCAACAGAGGGCUGCCACUGCGCUGCCUGGAAGAGAAGUACGGAUUGGCCACCAACCCGCAGGAGGCGAGGCUCACCCUGCCUGAGAAGCGGAGUCAGAAGCGCUUAAGCCUCAACAUCACCAAUGGGCAAGCGCAAGACCACGUGCAUGGCGUGCACGACAACUCACAUACACAGUGCAAUGGCAUGGGUCGAGGGAACCAGCUCAGGUUGAAGGACAGGUGUGGCAGCCAACCAGCAAGCCUCAACCAGGUUCAGGAGCGCCGAGGCCCCCUCAAAACGCACCAAUCAGAAAGCUUCCUGCCACUAGGUUGUAGACCUCCGGCCCCACCCUCAGACCCACUCCUUGCCAGCUCCAACUCCAAGAUGCCGGUCUUCCGCACGGGCAGCGAACCGGUCCUGAGCCCCUCUGUGCAGCGGAGAACCGCAGAACCUCUUGCAGGCCAGACCAUCCGGGGCUCGGACAGCCAGUUGUGCCCCAGACCACCGCCAAAGCCCAGCAAGGUCCCCUCUCUGAGGCAGGCUCGGGGCCCCUGCCUUCUGCCCCCAGCUGGACUCUCCCCCAGCACCCCCAGGGAACACUCUCCUGGCCUCUCCAGUGUCGCGGCUGCAUGCCCUCUGGAGGCGACAUGCUCCAAGGUACCACCUGUGCCCCCAGUCAAGCCCCUCAAGCUACAGUCCAGGCUGUACCUCAAAGCGCAUGACCCCCAGGACCCCCCCUCCGCCGGGGUGAGGGCAGAGACGGGAUCGACCGAGCGACCCGACGACUCUCCGCGAUGGGAGGGGCUAGCGCCAUCUGACCACGCUCACGGGGCUCACUACAGCUACGUGGAGCGGCUGAGGCAGGAGGGCGACGGGACGACGGGGCGGGGAGAAGGAGGAGAUGGAGGAGAAGGGGAGGACUGUGGCAGCGAGGGGGGGCUGGCGGGGCCGGGGAGGUGCAUGGACAGGAGCUCCUACCACAACGCCAUCGCGGCGCUUGAGAGCACCAGCGAAGAGGACGACGAGGGGAGGGGCAAGAGCCGAGGGGAGGGUCUGGCAUGCAUCGGGGACGGCAGUGAGGAGGAGGGGAGCGGGAGGAAGAGGAGGAGGGCCAGAGGGAAGGGUGGCUUUCAGCGCCCCCUGGUGGAGACAGCGUCGACGUUCCAACCAUCUGAGUUCUGCUCCCGCCUGCUGCCGGCGGAGAACAAGCCCCUGGAGAUGGUGGUGCUGAGGAGGUCCAAGGAGCUGGUGCUCAGACACGACCACCGCAGCAUCGCCCGUCACAUGCUGGCGGCCGACUGCCAGGUUGCUCGGAUACUGGACGUGUCGUCAGAGGUUGAAGGCCAAAUGGGCGUGGCCUCAGGUCUGGAACUGGUGACCCUGCCACAUGGUCAGCAACUGCGGCUGGACCUGAUGGAGAGACACCAUACUUUGGCGAUUGGCGUGGCCGUGGAUAUUCUGGGAUGUACGGGCAGCGUUGAGGAGCGGGCAUCCACUCUGAACCGCAUCAUCCAGGUGUCCCUGGAGCUGAAGGACUCGGUAGGAGACCUGUACGCCUUCACUGCCUUGAUGAAGGCCCUGGACCUGCCCCAGAUCAGCCGCUUGGAGCACACAUGGACCGCUCUGAGGAGGAGCUACACGCAGACCGCCAUCACCUACGAGAAGAGCCUCAAACCAUUCUACCAGAGCCUCUACGAGGGCACAGCCUCCCUGCCGCCGGUGGUGAGCGUGCCCGUCCUCCUGCCCCUCCUCACCCUGAUGGAGCGUCCGGCCGUCUCCCCCGAGGGGCUGGAGCUCUGGGAGACCAGUGACCAGGGCUGUGACAUCAUGCUGCGCCACCUGGAGGCCGCACGGGGCAUGGCGCACCACGCGCACAGAUACACGCAACACGCACUGAGGGCGCUGGAAGGGUUCCAGUGCGACGAGGACCUUCUCGAAGUGUUCAAGACAGACUUUCAGCAACGGUUGCUAUGGGGAAGUCGGGGUGCCACUGUAAACCAAUCAGAUCGCUACAGCAAGUUCACUCUCAUCCUCACUGCAUUGUCAAGGAAACUGGAGCCACCGCCCACAACACACACCCAGAUCUGAGUAGUGGGAAAUGAAGUUAUAAGCGGAAACAUACACACACUUUGUAUUAUGUUUGUAAAUGUACUAUCACUAGCACUUUGGAAAUAUUAGAGCAUCAAUUUUUUAAGUUUUAUUAAUGACACAAAGUUACAGAGUGAAGCGUAUUUUUUAGCUAGCAGGUUUAGCUUGAACGCUUGCUAUUACCAUGUACAUUGGAGAAAAAGGUUCCAUCGGCUCCCCCAGUUGACUUUGAUGGAAGCAUCAACACUAACUAUCACCACUAGUCCCAUGGUUGAGUCCACACAUCGCAGUAAAUAUGAUUUAUUGAAUAUUGUUUCUUGACAGGUUAAAGGUAAAAGUAAUGAAGGUGUCGUAAUGAUACAAGAUGUAUGUAUGAUUAUGUAGUAGAAGGCUUAUGCAAGGUGUGUAUGUAUGUAUGUAUGUAUGUAUGUAUGUAUGUAUGUAUUAGUAUGUGUAUUUGUUUGUGUGUCUGUAUGUCUGUAUACAGUUGAUCGAUCACUGCUAAUGUGUUGAGAUUUACCUACUGUUGUUAUAUGAUAAAAUACAGUAUGGAUGGAGACCGGUUCUCUUCAGUAUUGCCAGGCGAUACACACUCACUGAUGACCUGGCUAUGUACCGUUUAGUCUUUUAUUUUAAUUGUUUUCUUACAUGUAAGUUAAAUUGACUCAAAAUUGUUGGCUAAUUUAAAAUAAACUAUAUAAUUAUAUAUAUUUAAUGACUGAGGUACCGGUUAAAAGCUAAAUUCAAUGACAAGCGACAACAGUUUGUUACAUUGAAGAUAUAUGUUAUGAUUAUAUCUUUGUUUUAGAGCUUCAAAGAACCAAUAUUUUAAUUGCUGAUUAGUUAAUUGAUUAUCUUAAACAUUCAUAAUUGAGUCUUUACAAUGUCGGUAAAUGCUCGUCCCAAGAGUUGUCUUAAAUUAACUUGCUUUAUCUGAUAAGCCGCUAAGAGAAAGUAUUUUACAAUUUUAAAAAGGGAAAGCAACAAAAUAUUUACAUGUCUAAAGCUAGACGCUAAAGCUUAUCAAUACAUUUUCUGUUGAUACAAAAUAAUAUUUAAUUGAUUUAGCAUUAAUAUCACAAAGUUUCAAUUAGGUUUUGAGGCCUUUGUCUGAAUCUCAUUUGAGACUCAAAAGUUCUUUGUGUCCCACAAAUCAGACUUUAGAUUACUGAUCUGAUAGGCUAUUUUUAUAUUUUACUAAUCUAAAUCUGAUCACUUUCUUUCACCUUCAUAUUUGUUUCAACCAAUCAUCUUGCUGGAAGCUUGGAUUUGCAAGCGUGUGAUUGUCUAUUAAUAGUGACACAAACUCAGCCAACACUGGUUAACACCAAGAUAGUGUCUGUGAAGGAUUCAAAUCAAUACCGUGAAGACUGGCCACUUAAAUAAUACACUAAUUAAGAUCCCCUUAUUUUAAAGUGUGUUAUUCUACCUUUGCUAGUGCAAAAUGUUCAUUGUCGCAAUGCAAUUAUGCAAUAACCCUAACAUUAUCAGGUUUUUUAACCAUCAUGCCAUUGGGUGUCCAUUUAAACUGGCAGAAAACACACAUUGGGCUAUAUAUAUAAUAGGUUAUAUAUAAAAAGGCAAUAUUUUUAAAAAGGAAACAUUUUCCACUAUUACAUGAAUGAAUAUGUAGGAUGGAAAUGAGACCAUUUAUACAGUGAAUGUGUUGGUUCUGACUAACUUGUGUGAGUCUGUUACACACAUGUGCAAUAGGCGAAAGGUGUACAUUUUUUAUGCAUGUGUAUACUAGACUGUAAUAUAUUUUUCUCUAAGAAGUUUACUGUAAAGAAAUAAAAGGAUUAUGGAUUUGAA